GAGAACAGGACCGAGACCAGGACCGAGACCAGGACCGAGACCAGGACCGAGGACAGGACCGAGACCAGGACCGAGACCAGGACCGAGACCAGGACCGAGGACAGAGCCAGCAGAGACGAAGUGAAGAGCCUGGCGAGAGAGAGACGGUCCCACCAGGGCCUGGAGGGUCGUCCCAGAGGUCCACGACACAAAGAGAAGUUCAUCAAACACCUGACAGGUCCUCUCAGCUUCAAGCCAGAGUGUAAGAAACACUUCUACAGACUUUACCACCGCACCAGAGACUGCACCAUACCAGCCUAUUUUAAGAGAUGCGCUCGUCUGCUGACUCGACUGGCCAGCAGCCCUCGCUGUGUGGAGACAUGAACACCGAACAGAUCCUAACGAGGUCCUUCCUCUGACGAGCAGGAGACGUUCUCCAACCAACCGAAACUCCUCUGAGGAACCACAGUAAUCUACUGCAGCCAGACAACGUCACUUCCCUUCCAGCCAUCAGGAUGGACUGCUUUCCAUUAUAUUCUGUUUCCUGCCUACAGUUCUCAUGGUACCCUUUUAUGUUCUGCACUGGUCCGGCUUCGCCUCCAGUCCACAGAACCAAACUCCAGACUGGAAUCUACUCUGAAGUCCACCCCUCCUGUUACAAAGAAGAGGAUUUCGAUGUUUCCUCUGCUGGUUCUACUGGUUUCCAGUGACACGCAGGAUUCCCUGAAACGAGGUUCCAACAGGUUCCAACAGGUUCCAACAGGUUCCAACACAACCGUUGAUCUGGGACUGAAGGUCUGUCUCAGCCUUUUCGUGUGAUUUGGAUGUUCUGUUGUGUUUUUUUAAAGCCUUUUUGAAGCCUUUGGAGAAAAUAAAUGGACAAAGUCUCCGAUUGGACUUCUGCUGAAUAAUGUGCUGUUUGUCCUGAACGACAGGAACUAAUCCAAGAUGCUGAACGUGUUUGUGUUAAUAAUAACUAUUAAUAAUAUCCCAGUGUAUUUAUAUUGUUUCCUCCCUGUGUGAAAAAUGUACAUACUGA